AGCUGCUCACGUGACCGCAUGACUGUCACCACUGCAGACUCCUUCCCGGCACGUGAGCGGUCACAUGACCGCGACGUCAUGACAGGUCCUUCUGCCUGUAGGAUGUAGCCGUGCUCCCCCUCCCACCUUCCUCCUCCACCUGCCCCGGUGUACAGGAGGUAGCGGCGGGGGCCAUGCUCGGUUCUCCUGCGGCUAGAGCACAGCCUGUGCACCAUGUCCUGGAGAUAAGCCGAGCGCCAACUGCAGUGCCUGAACGAUUGCAAGAUCACUGUUUGCAGUCAUUGAAUGGAAAAGAUGGCCUCGUCCAAUCUGGGGCUCGUCAUGGCGGAGGGCUCUGAGGAGUCAAAAAUCCCCAUUGGAUCUACUGGGACCAUGCACUGCAGGAAGACCAUUCCCAACACAACUCACUUUAGAACUAUUGCACCGAAAGUGGCUUCCUAUUCUUCAUCCAGUUAUGCUCCCUCCCUGUCUGACGUUGCUGUUCCAGGAUCUAAACCCUUGGUUAUUAACACUCAGAACUAUACUUUAAUGAAAGUAGCCGGUCAGGAUGGUACUUUCUCUCUUGUAGCUUUACCACAAGCAACCUUACCAGUGGGUGGAUCUGUAAUACAAACCACAGGUAUACCUUUGCAAGAAAAUCUCAAAUUGCCCAUUCCAAGGUACCAACCCUCUGGCUGUAAAAAGUUCCUCAGUAAGAAAAAGGGUGCAUGUAAGCCAAAAAUAGAAAACUCUAAUGUGCAGGUAAGUCAAGAUGGACCUUCUGAAGUUGUUAUAAAAGCUAAACCUUUGAUGAAAGUAGAAGAGUCUGGUUUUGAAAGCAGGCUUUUACCUGGAAGCAGAGCAGACGUUUGUGAAGUAAAUAACUCUACAAAUCUAAAUAUAGAAAAGAGUCAAAACCCAACUUUGUGCACGGGAAGUUCUAUAAAGUUCAGCACUAAUAUUGAGAAGGUAGUCGGGUCAUCAGACAAUGGAUCAUUGGUUAGAUAUGAAGGCGCUAAAGUUGUUGAUGCUACAAACCCAUUAACAGUCCUCUCUCCUGUUGUUUUUGGCAGUCCGCUUCAUCUCCUCCAAUCUGUUCCUAAGGGAAAAUUGCCCAUUUUGCCUUAUUCAAAAAUCAAGAAAUCGAUCCCUUUGGAAACCAAUGUAUCAAAGCCAAAUGUAGGUAAAACUGGAGUUCAGGCAGACUCGUGCCAAGUUACUACUCCUUCUGUCAAUGUUUUAAAUGUGUCUCCUCUGGACAAUCCAGGCCAACCAAUUUUGACAUCUGAUUCGGGUAUCUUGAGCAAGCAAAACUGUGGUAUAGCAAGAAAACGGGGUAAGAAACGAAAAAGUUACAGUGAGAUGUUGGGCUAUCAAACAAAAAUGAGACUUGUUGGAAACCGGCUUAUUAUGUGCAAAGAGAAAUGCAAAUCCCAGGUGGAGAUCAGUGGUAAAUGUGAAACAUCAUUGAAGAGAUAUCGUAGUAUAAUGCCAAAGCCAGUGGUGGAGAUUCAGGGCUUGACAUCACUGAAUGUUUCCAACCAUUUAUUCCAAACAAAUAUGUCAGAUUGUCCUCUAAGAAGCCGGUUGUUUGGUAGCAGACUUCACAGAUGGCGGCAAGGAGACCAUUCUUUAUUGACUCAAAAGAGUACUGCCAAAGUGCUCUACAAGUGUAACAUAUGUGAACAUAGCUUUCAGUUUAAGCAUCACCUACAAGAUCACUUGAACAGUCACGGUAACAGGAGACCCUACCACUGUCGUCUAUGUCGUAAGGCCUAUGUGCACUCCGGUAGUCUCAGCACACACAUGAAGCUCCACCACAGUGAGAACCGCCUCAAGAAGCUAAUGUGUUGCGAGUUCUGUGCCAAGGUCUUUGGACACAUUAGAGUUUAUUUUGGUCACCUUAAAGAAGUACAUCGAGUUAUUAUAAGCACAGAGUCCUCCUGUAAGCAGCCAGAGAAAAGAAAUAUCUCCCUCAAAGUGAAACCUGAGGAGAAUGUAUUACUACACAGGAAUAAGAGUGUCACCAAUGAGGAUGACUCCAUCUGCGGACUGACAGAUGAGAUAAAACUACAGAUCAAAUGUGGACGUUGUCAUUUCAUAGCUCCAACUUUUUCCGAUAUGAAGCUCCAUUUGUUCAGCGUACAUGGAGACAAAUCUCAAGAAGUAUUGCCAGAAGGAGUACUAGAAAGCAGACAGGGCGCCCAAGAAGAAGUGGUUAAACAAGCGACCCAUCACUGGAAGUUACUGAACGAAAGACGAAAUAGAGACAGCAACUGCGAGGAGGCGGUGGCUGGUACAAGUCCAUUGAAGGAUAUUUUGGUUACGUCUGACACGAAUGCUUUCAACCUUGCUUCUAGCGAGUCUACUCCACCAGUGGAAGGGAACGACGGCCAAAGUAUGAAUUUAUCAUCAGAAAUCCUAUUCUGUCACAGAAAUUGUUUCCAUUGCCUCCUGUGUCCACAGAUGUUCGAAACCCAGAAGGAAAUCUUUAAACAUUGGGAGAAGAAGCACAACUGUGAGAAUCCUUUGGUGCUUUGGACUAUCUUCAGUUCAUUGCAUAAGAAUGAUCAAGAAAUCACCUGAAAAGCCUUUUACUUCACAUACAUGGCGAUAUUAGAGUUCUCCGCAAUGAACUGUAUUCAUCGUGUCCUGACUCCAGUUUUAUGUUGUUGUUGUGGGAUUUGUUCUGAUUUUAUAAUAUUUUUUUUUUAUUCAGAGAUGGUAACAUACUAUAUGUAUUGUAUAUAAGAUUGUGUUAUUAUUGAAGGAGUAUAGUGUUAUGCCACUUUGUGCAAUGCUCAAAGCCAUCACUGUGUGUUGCCUAAGCUAUUAUAUUUGAUGUAUAGAUUGUGAGGUUUUCCACACAUAGAAUGUCAAAAAUCUAUAUUUUUGCUAUUUCAUGUUUCUGUACUAACCUAAGAUUAUAGCAGGACCUCAAAGCAAAUUUUAUUUAUAGGGUUGCACGAAAAAAAUCGGGAUACUUGCCCCAACACUAGGGGGCGCUAACUGUGUAUAGAUUUUAUGCAUCUAGAAAAGUGUGUAUCUGUUUGUAUUAAGCUCCCCAUAGUGGUGUCUGCACAGUCUGUCUUAUACUGAAAUGUAUAUACUGAAUUUAUUGAGAGGAACAUCCUGCUUAAUAAAUUUGGAGCAGCUUGGUGGACUGCCCUAAAGACAUAAAAUAAAUCUACACUUGUUCUAUCAUUUCAAUCUUCACCAACAAUUUAAAAAAUGUCGGGAAAUUUGCUGACCUCUGCCCCUGCCAGUUAACCACCACCCACUUUUCUUGCCAUUUCACAAAAGUUUGCAACACUUUUAUAGUCUCAAGCUUUUAGACAAAUAUUUUUUUUUCUCUAAUAAAGGGGACUGUAUCUCUCUUUAUUAUUUAUUUUGUUUUUCUACCCGAAUUCACACUAUUAUUUAUUUUACCUAGUAUUCUCUUAAAGUAGAACUGUAUUGAAACACAUUUCACCUUUUUAGCACCCUUUUGUUUUGUUUAUACAUUUUGGCCUGAUUUUGUGAUUCAUUAAAUUUUUCUUUUACAAAACUUAAAAUAACUUCCAUUGAUGUAUCAAUAAAGCAUACAUUUCUGACUGCUUCAGCCACCACUAGGGGUGCUUAGGUGCCUACUGCAUAAUGUUCUAAACUUCCUCUACUCGUGGGUGAAGGCAUUUAGAAUUUUGUCCUUUUAAAGAAACACUCCUAUGAGAGAGAUCUUUUUUUUUUUUUUUUUUUAUUCACCAAGGUUGCAAAAGUUGUAUGUAAAUUAUCUUCCUAUUAUUUUGUCUUCUUCCCAUUUUAUCCACUGUUGAGAUGAGUUAGUCACGUGACUUGAUUCUGACCACCCAGCAGCUACAUUAGUCACUGCUCAGACCAGAGGUCAGUCACAUCCAAUGUGCCUAAAGUGCAAUUGACACAAUCUGAUCACUAUGAUUGAUCAAUCUGAUUCUGCUGAGCAGGGAUAACAAGCGCUAUAAAACUUAACUCACUAAAGGCAAAGCACAGUUCUAGGACAUGCUGGCAAAUGUGGUUUCAGUGUCUGUGUUAAUCAGUAAGGGUCUUAGUGUUCAGACCCCCACUAAUCUCAAGAUAUUGCCGUGCAGCUAUACAUUUUGCUCACUGUGAUGUCCGUUUCCCUGCACUAGAAGGGCUCCUUUAUCAGUCUUUAUGGAAGUCUUGCUCGUCCCUGCUACAUCUGAAGAUAGAUUAGUUGGGGUCCGAACUCUCUCUCGACUGAUCAGAACUUUAAUAUAUCUCUAUCUCCAAUCUCCAAUCUUCUCCCAAAAAAUUAUAUAUAUGUGUGUGUGUGUGUGUGUGUCAUGUGCUGUAAGUGCCUUAAAAAAGCAAAGGAAUUGGUAAAACAUGUUCUGUCUUGAUUGGCAGAGGAUCUUGGUUUGACCCCCCUUCAAUUCCUAAAAUGAAAGAGCAGAACCUCUCCUCUGAUCCUCUGAGUGCUCUUCACCUUCUUUUCUGAUCUGCGUUAUUUGAUUGUCCUUGCAGAGCUGAGUGAAUGUUGUAUGGAUUUAUGGAAAGUCUAAGGUUUUCUAUGAAUCUGUUCACUGAAUACUCACAGCUCUACAGAGGGGCACAGCGCCCAGCAGAACAUCUGCCCCUUUGUUCUUAGCAGUCAGUGAGGGUCUCAGCACCCAGACACCCACAGAUCAAAACUUUGCUCACAAAUUUAGUUCAUGGUUAGAUGUCCUGUUCACCAAAGAUGACAUAUUACUCUAAAGGGGUUGUCAAGGAUUAGGAAAAAAAAAGCAUAGUUGCUUUUUUCCAUAAACAGCGUCACCCUUGUCCUCAAUUGUAAAGGUAAAAUUGUAAAGGUACAAUUCUAUAUAUAAAUACUUUUGGAAUAAUGGGUUAGUGAGUGUUAACAUUUUCAUCCCGGAUUGCCUAGAUAACUUAUCAUCAAUAUAGACUGACAAUCUAACCAUUCUUUUUCUGUAGGGAAGUGAAUGUAUAAUUCUAAUGGGAUUUUAAUACCCAGAGCAUGAAACUUCAUAGUACGACGAUCCCAGCAGAGUUUUCGGAUUGCCUUUUUAUAUUACUGUCAUAUUCUAAUGUGUGUGCGGCUGGUGUGAUUUCCCCCCCCCCCCCC